UUUAUCUCUAUCUUUUUAUUUUUAAUUUUAUUUUAAUUUCACAAGUCCUACCAUCCAUAGAUAACACAAACCCUGCCCUGCCUUUCCUGUCAGUUUUCCCCUGCUGAUAUGAGUUGCAGUUUGAUUUCUCCCGAGUUGGGAACUGCUACUUCCUUUUCAUGUAGACAAAGAUUUCUAUCUCCGAAAGCUGGCAUUUUGAGAUACGGUUCAUUGCAGGACCUUGAAUUCCUCGAUUCUUUUAAGUUCAGUGAGAAGAAAUCCAGGCAUCAAUGGAUAUUUGGAGUUCCAUCGCAUAAUCAAUGCGGGGUGCAGUCCCUGGUUGUUAAUUGUAGUAAUAAUCCUCAAAAUCUUGAUUUGCCACGUUACUAUUCCAAGAAAGAAAAAAAGCCAUUUCCUGUACCUAUUGUGGAGCUGCGGCGAGCAGCCAGGGAGAGGAUGAAGAGUAAUAAAGGCCAACCUAAAAGACCUGCCCCUCCUCCUAAGAAUGGAUUACUGAUUCAACGAAUGAUUCCUCUUGCAUAUGCCGUAUUGAAUGCAAGAACGACAUUGAUUAACAAUCUCAAGAAGCUUUUAAAAGUAGUUCCAGUACAAGCCUGCAAGUAUUGUACUGAAAUUCAUGUCGGGCCUGUGGGCCAUCCCUUCAGAUCAUGUAAAGGCCAAAAUUCUUCAUUCCGGAACGGAAAACAUGAGUGGGUAGACGCUGUUAUAGAGGACAUAAUCGUCCAAGUUGAAGCAUUUCACCUCUAUGAUCGUUUAGGAAAACGCAUCCCUCACGAAGAAAGAUUUUCAGUCCCCCGAGUCCCAGCAUUAGUUGAGCUAUGCAUUCAAGCAGGCGUUGAUUUACCCGAGUUCCCCACGAAAAGAAGAAGAAAACCCAUAAUCCGAAUCAGUAAAAGCGAAUUUGUUGACGCUGAUGAAAGUGAAUUACCAGAUUUACCCCUGCAAGAUCCAAAACCCGUUUUAUUGACUGAAAUAGCUGAUUGGGAGAUAAUCCCUCCAUCUAAUGAACAAGAAAUUGCUUUACUUGCAGAGGAAACACUCCAAGUAUGGGAGAAAAUGAGGACAGGAGCUCACAGAUUAAUGAAGAUGUACCCUGUGAGAGUUUGUGGGUACUGCCCCGAGAUCCAUGUAGGUCCCACAGGUCACAAAGCACAGAACUGUGGGGCCUUCAAGCAUCAGCAGAGAAAUGGCCAGCAUGGAUGGCAGUCGGCUGUUCUUGAUGAUUUGAUACCACCAAGGUAUGUGUGGCACGUUCCUAAUUUGGAGGAACCCAUGUUGCAAAAGGAACUGAGGAAUUUUUAUGGUCAGGCGCCCGCAGUGGUAGAGAUCUGUGUGCAGGGUGGUGCUGCUGUACCAGAACAGUACAAGCCGACAAUGAGGUUAGAUGUCGGAAUUCCUAGUAGUGUUAGAGAAGCAGAAAUGGUUGUCUGAACUGAUCACCUCUGAUAUAAGUUGGGAAUUCUAUCAAGAAUUUUUAGCCUAGGCUCUUGUUACUUUUAUAUCAUUUAAUCUACAAUUAUCCA